AUGCGAGUGCGCCGCAGGGACAGAACGCUCCCUCGCGCCCUCCUCCACACGGCCGCCCUCUCCCACGAACGCCAACGCCCUUUAAAGGGACCCGAGAAACCAGGGGCGCCCGGCAGACCCCGCCCCCCAGCGCCGCCGCCAUCUUGUUGUUUUCUCCAGUUCCUCCCGGCUGCGCACGUGGCACGUCGCUGCGGAAGCCAGGGUGCCGCCCCCACUUCCGGCCAGACCGGUUCCAGCCGGCCGCGGCCCGCAGACGCGCGACUGCCCCCUGGCGGGCGGCCGCUCCCGGCCCCGCCCGCCCCCGCCGCCAUUGCCUCCCUUGCCGGUCUCACGUCCGCGCGCGCGCGCACUGCCAGUCCCGAGGGCGGCUGGGCGUGUGUGGGCGGGGCUGCCGGCGGCGCCGCGUCCUGUGCGCGCACGUGGCGCUUGGGUUCCACCGGGUCACCGGCCCCCUUGCUGGCACGCUGUUUGAACCGUCAAGAUCCACCAAGAUUCACUGUUACUCUUUCCGCGUUGGAGGAAAACAUGACGGAGGGGUUCUUUGUCAGCUUCAGUCUCUGUCCAGCAUCCACGUGGAAACCAGGGCUCUCCUAACACACAG